GCUGCAUCUGCAUCGCGGAAUCCGACCAUCCUUGUGAAUUCGAAUCGCCAUUCCCCACCUCUGUCUCACGCUCUCUCCGGAAGAGGACGACACGGGAAUCGACGCGGCGAGCGCAGCUGACCGAUCGGCGGAUCUAGAAGGGCAGGAUGCAGCAGAAGCCGGCCGAGGCCAUGGAGGUCUGCGCGCGGGGUGACGAUGGGGAGACCGAGGCCCCUAAAGCGCUGGGGACGUCGCUAGGUUUUUGGGCGGGCACACGGCGGCGAUUGGCUCCCGACGACCCCUUCUUCGCUGCCGGCGACAUGGAACGCGAACUGCUCGCUAAACACGUUGCGCUGGAUCUCUCAGAUGAUGACCGGUAUCAACUUGAGAAGAUGGAUGUGGCAAGCGUGAGCACGGUGUGUUGUCCAAUUGCUGGUUGCGGUGCCCAUCUAGAUUGCUUGGAAGACUUUGAAGACCACUACAGCACUCGGCAUACUGCUUCAUGCUCUGUAUGUUCAAGAGUAUAUCCAACUUCAAGGUUGCUGAGUAUUCAUAUUUCUGAGGCACAUGAUUCCUUCUUCGAAGCAAAAGUUGCUCAUGGUUUUCCAAUGUAUGAGUGUUUGGUGGAGGGUUGUGUGGUGAAGUUGAAGACCUACAAAAGUCGGCAGCAGCACCUUAUUGAUAAGCAUCAGUUUCCCAAGUCAUUUGAAUUCUUUAAAAAGGCGCAACCUUCCCAGCGCCAUCGUCAGAAGUACCAUUGGAGGUACAAGGGAGAAGAGACGCGGGAUACUUUGAUGGAUGUUGAUGGAAAGAGCCCAAGGCAAACGAAAUGGAGAUAUCGACCCAAGCAACACGACCAUAAGGAGUCAAUAGAAAACAAACAUCACCAUAAGGAGGCCAAGGAUAAUGAUAUGGAGGUCGAACAGAAGAUGGAUGAGCUUACCUCAGCUGUAUCAAAGCUGAGCACCGCAGAUUCGACUCCUUCAAGCAUCACCUUCGGCCACCGUCGUUCUCGUGGUCUUACUUUUGUCCCGAGGUCAAUUAAGCAGAACAAGCAGGUCUCCCAGCCAGAAGCAAAAUGACGACACUUGCUGCCACUCUCUUUAUUAUGACAGCCUGACUAUUUGCAAGUAUCAUUUUUUGUACGGACAAAUAUUCUUCAGGGCACAAGCGCAAAUUGGCAGGCGCUGGAGCAUAUUCUGCUGCUGCUAGAAGCCAGAUCCAUGCAGACUCCAAGGUUGCUCUCGCGUUGAAGAGGAGGAAGGCUGUUUCAAUGCCAAUGUGUGCUUGUCAGGGUCUACAGGCUCAAUCCCUGAAGGACGCCUCUGCUGCAAGUGAAUGGUCCACUCCUGAAGGCUGUCCUAUUCUUGCUAUACUCUGAGGUUGGCUGGAUGCCGAGAAGCUGGAAGUUUGCUGUCUGUCUAUUGCAGUUUCUCUGCUCAUUUUGGGCUGUAAUAACGUUUAGCUUUUGCGAAUUGAACUAGAUGCUUUUUGGCUUGUCGGUUGCGCUACAAACCGUCUAAACUGGAUAUUGUUUCAUUUAUCGAGAUGAAUGGAACGGGGGCGAGGCCCUUUUGCUCUAAAAAAAAAUAUUCUUCA